AGCAAAGUCAACUUUCCUCGUUUCUUACGAGAUCUCUUCGGAAGCCUACAGGCAUCAAGAAUCAGAAUGGGGCGUUAUUCUAUGGAACCAGAGAUUGCCACAAAGUCGUGUAAGGCACGUGGAUCUAAUCUUCGUGUCCAUUUUAAGAACACGCACGAGACAGCACGAGCUGUUAAAUCUAUGUCACUUCGUAGAGCACAACGCUACUUGAAGAAUGUAAUCACCAAGAAGGAAAUCGUUCCUUUUCGUAAAUUUACUGGUGGUCCCUCCAGGAAGGCUCAGGUCAAGCAGUGGGGUCACAAUGCUGGCCGCUGGCCCAAGAAAAGUGCAGAGUUCCUUCUCCAGCUCCUGAGAAAUGCUGAGAGUAAUGCAGACUACAAGGGCUUAGAUGUUGACCAUCUGGUUAUUGAGCACAUUCAGGUCAACAGAGCCCCAAAAAUGAGGCGUAGGACUUAUCGUGCUCAUGGUCGAAUUAACCCUUACAUGAGUAGCCCAUGCCAUAUUGAAGUGAUCCUUUCUGAAAAAGAAGACAUUGUUGCUAAACCAGCAGCAGAAGAGGAGGCUCCCAAAAAGAAAAUGUCCAAGAAAAAGAUGGCAAGACAAAAAAUGAUGCAGAGAGAAUAAGUUUGAAGGAUUCCUCUUGCAGUUGUAACUCUGAUCUUCUGAAUAAUAAAAAAAAAAUGUACAAUAACCUUUACUGAAUAUUA